CCUACAAAGAGAAGAAAAAAAAAUUAAACCCUUUUUCUUUAGAGAGAAAAAAUCAAACCCUUGUUUUUUGGUAUGAAAUUUGACAUAUUUUUCCUUUUAGAUUAAACAGGAUUUUAUCGAGGAGAACUUCGAAACUUCAGCAGAUUGGCGGCUGCGGCUCUUUUCAAUUUGCCUUUUCUUCUUCCCCUGUUUGGAGGUUGGAGGUUGGAGCUAGACUAGAGCUAUGGUUCCCCAAUGACCACGUUGCCCAGCUCGCCGAUCUCUCACGCCACAAUCCCCCAUCUCUAUUUGCUCAAUCCCGCAACACCAUCUCCCAGAUCUUUGACUCCUUCAGAAACUUCAUCACUGCCUACAAUCCGAAAUGUUAAAACCCCACAAAACCCCACCUCGUAUGUGCUUCCAUAUCCUCUUUUCUCUUCUGGGUUCUCGCCAAUCCUUCAAUUUCUCAUCGGAGCCGCACCCUUCUUCACCCCUUUCACUUUCAUCCACCACGGACCCUUUCCCUGAAUUAGUCUCUAAAAUCUCUAACAUUCUUUCCGGUCCCAACUGGGAACGGAAUUUAAAGCUUUGCCAUUUGACCGCCAAACUCAAACCCCAUCACGUAGUGAAGAUCCUCGAAACGCACAAGAACACGGAUUCAGUCUUGCGCUUCUUCUACUGGGUUUCGAGGAGGAAUUUUUUCAAACACGAUAUGAGUUGCUUUAUUUCGAUGCUGAAUAGGCUAGUCCGGGAUCGUCUUCUUGCACCUGCAGACCAUGUAAGAAUUCUAAUGAUUAAAUCAUGUAGGAAUGAGGGAGAGGUUAAGAGGGUAAUUCAGUUUUUGAGUGAGAUUAAUACCAAAUAUGGUUUUGGGUAUACUUUGUAUAGUUUUAAUACUCUUUUGAUUCAGUUGGGCAAGUUUGAGAUGGUCGGUUUAGCUCGAGAUGUGUACAUUGAGAUGCUUAACAGCGGGAUCAAACCCAGUUUAUUGACAUUUAAUACAAUGAUUAAUAUUUUAUGCAAGAAAGGAAAGGUGCAAGAGGCAGAGUUGAUUAUGAGUGAAAUUUUUCAUUAUGAUGCCUGUCCAGAUGCUUUUACAUAUACAUCUUUGAUUCUUGGGCAUUGUAGAAAUCAAAAUUUAGAUUUAGCUUUUGAGAUGUUUGAUCGAAUGGUGAAAGACGGGUGUGAUCCGAAUUCGGUGACUUAUACAACCCUUAUCAAUGGACUAUGUAGCGAAGGGAGGUUAGAAGAAGCCAUGGAUUUGCUUGAAGAAAUGGUUGAGAAAGGGAUUGAACCAACAGUAUACACAUACACCAUUCCAAUAGUUUCAUUAUGUGACGCCGGUCGUUCUAGUGUGGCAGUAGAGCUUCUAGGAAAAAUGAAAAAGAGCAGAUGUGCUCCAAAUGUUCAAACAUUUACAGCACUAAUCAGUGGUUUAUCACGAGAUGGGAAAUUUCAGGUUGCAAUUGGUCUAUAUCACAAGAUGUUGGCUGAUGGAUUGGUUCCAACAACUGUCACAUAUAAUGCCCUGAUUAAUCAAUUGUGUGUGGAGGGAAGAUUUGAAACUGCUAUUACCAUCUUCCGAUGGAUGGUGAGUCAUGACAGUUUGCCAAAUACACAAACAUAUAAUGAAAUAAUUAAAGGCUUUUGCUCAAUGGCUGACAUUCAGAAGGCAAUGGUUCUCUUUGACAAAAUGCUCAAGGCUGGUCCUUCCCCAAAUGUGAUAACUUACAAUACACUUAUUCAUGGAUAUUGCAAACAGGGGUAUAUGAACAAUGCAAUGAGAUUGUUAGAAAUGAUGAAGGGCAAUGGAUUUAAGCCAGAUGUUUGGACCUAUACUGAACUUAUUUCAGGGUUUUCUAAAAGGGGAAAAUUGGAUCAAGCAUCUUCUCUUUUCAAUGAAAUGUUGGAACAUGGUGUUUCUCCAAAUCAAGUUACAUAUACAGCUAUGAUUGAUGGAUAUUUCACUUUGGAAAAAGUGGAUGAUGCUUUGGCAUUGUUUGGGAAGAUGGUGGAAAGUGGAAAUCUUCCAAGUAGUGAAACCUACAAUGUGAUGAUAAGUGGUUUCUCUAAAAUCAAUCGCAUUUCUGAAGCAGAGAAUUUCUGUUGUAAAAUGGUGAAGCAAGGCUUGGUUCCAAAUGUCAUUACCUACACAUCCUUUAUUGAUGGGCUGUGUAGGAACGGGAGGACAGAUCUUGCAUUCAAGAUUUUUCAUGAAAUGGAGAAAAGAAAUUAUUUUCCAAAUCUAUAUACUUAUAGUUCCCUAAUUUAUGGUUUAUGUCAAGAAGGUCGGGCUGAGGAUGCAGAAAGGUUACUUGAUGAAAUGGAGAAGAAAGGAGUAACCCCUGAUGAGAUAACUUUUACUUCUCUUAUGGAUGGUCUUGUUGCACUUGGCAGAAUUGAGCAUGCAUUUCUCCUUUGCAGGCAAAUGAUUGAUGUUGGCUGCAGACCCAAUUAUCGAACCUUUGGCGUAUUGCUGAAGGGAUUGCAAAAGGGAAUCCAGUCGCUUACGGAAAAAGUUGACGCCCAACAUGAAAUCAUGCAUACUUGUAGUUCUGAUGAGAAAUGUAUCAGCACACAUACAAUGUACAAUCUCCUGGCUAGAUUGUCUUCCUAUGGAUGUGAGCCUAACGUCGAUACCUAUACCACUUUAGUGAGAGGCUUGUGUGGUGAGGGCAGAUGCUACGAGGCAGAUCAGCUGGUCGUGAGCAUGAAAGAGAGAGGUUUGCAACCUAGUGAAGAACUUUAUCAUGCUCUAUUGGUUGGCCAAUGUAAGAACUUGGAAGUGGAAUCUGCUCUUAAAAUCUUUGACUCUAUGGUUACAAUAGGUUUUCAGCCUAACUUAUCAGCUUACAAGGCUCUGAUAUGUGCACUUUGUAAAGCAAAUUUCAGACAGGAAGCUGAAUGUAAUUUUCAGAUUAUGCUUGAGAAGCAUUGGAGUAGUGAUGAGGUUGUCUGGACAGUGUUACUUGAUGGAUUACUCAAGGAAGGGGAAACUGAUCUAAGUUUGAAGCUUCUUCAUGUCAUGGAAUCUAGAAAUUGCGCUCCCAAUUUCCAGACAUAUCUUAUGUUGGCCAGAGAACUAUCUGCACUAGGUAGCUCAAUUGAAAUCCCUCAAGUCUCUAAACAGUUGGAAAUUGAAAAAGAUAAACAAUGACUCAAGGUGCACUUAUUUGAACAAGAAAAAUGUUCUCAAGCUUCCGAUAUAAUAGUGGACCAUGGUCUAAUGGUUUCCAAUAUGUCAACAAAUUUGCCUGAUGGAAUUUUCCAUCAUAAACAGCAGCAAUAAUUUUUCUUGCUGUUAUUUAAUAACAUGAAGCAAAUUGUUGAUGUUCUUAGAGAUGAUAUUGCUCUACAAGAAGCUUCUAAUUCCUCCAGUUGCUGUUUAUUUGACAAGAUAUUAACCAUAAUUCAUACCAAGCUUCUUUUGCUCGUAGACAUGUAUCAAUUUGUUUUUAAGGCCUUUCAAGGGGGGGUCUUAAUGGUAAGGGUUUUGGAUGUUUGAGGGAAGUUCCCAAAAGAUUAUGGGUUGACGGCUUAAGGUAAAAAGACAGCUUGAUGGGUUCAAUCCUCUGGGUAGAAAGAAAGUUCGAUGGAUGAAAUUCUUUUUGAUAUCUUUUAGAGCUAGUUUUGGACGGUGCACAGGAAGUCUUCCCGUGGAGUAGUGGGGUGGGUCCUGAUGCCUUGUGUAUUUUUUGAAAAACAAAUUCUUUUUAGCAUUGAAAUUCCGAGAAUCUCUAUGUGCUCAAUUUUAAGGGCAUUUUAUGAUUCCGUUGAAGAUGUUGCUUCAGUGUAAUGUUCACUUGUGGGUAGUCGUGUUCCUUAUAAAGGGAAACUCAUUCUCUAGAAUGUCCUUUUUUCCAGUUAUGUUGUAUCUUAUCUUUUGAUUUUCUACUGGGAAUUGAUAAAUAAUGUGUAUUGAAUAUUCGUGCAUCUCAAUUUUGCAGGGUAAAAGUAACAGUUUCCGCAGCAGAGUUCUCUAUGUUCUUGAUAACUAACCAGUAAUCACUAAAGCAGGAAUAUCUGCCUAUACGUAAUAUUGAUGCUGCUACACCCCACGAUUUGUUGAUUCACUUUAUUCUUUGCAUUGCUGAAGGUAGUACCAACAGAAUGCUUCCGUGGAGCAGGUCUCUUCCUUCCCUGUCAAUAAUAAGAGUCAUAAUUAGCCACAGGAUUACUAACUGAAGCAUAAUGUCAGUUUGUAGUCUAAAGAGUUGAGUAUUUUCCGGGUGCCUCAAUUUUUGGCACUUCCUGAAUAAUGUUCAAUGAGAAAGAACCAUGAAUAAAUGUAUGUUCGGCAUACAAAUUUUCCAGGUCUAUAUCUGACCCGAGUAUAAUUCAUUAAUCGAUAUAUCAUUUUAAACUCUACAAUUCUCUCGAAUGUGCACUGUCUAUAACCAUACUUCUGAAACUUUUCUACGCCUCCCAAAAAUUGAUAACUUUGUUCGAUGGAAACAGUUGAGGCUGAUAAUGUGCAGUUGGCAUGGAGAAACUAAAUGGUCUGUUUGAACCAUUUACAAUUGUUUUAACCCCAUUACAGAUUUAACUGAUUUAGACCCAGAAGAAAGAAGAAUCCAAGUUGAUUGCCAUCGUUCAAUGGACUCGAGAGGCAAUUUUGAGCUUUUGGGCUGAAGGAAGUGAUAGUUCCCUUGGCAGAUUCUCGCUUCCCCUGGCCCUCUUUACAACCCUAUUCAAAAGCCAUGAAAAAAUAAAUCUUUGUUGUGAAAGGAAUUGCAAGCGUCCUAAAACACAGAUGGGUAGGCACAGUAGUGAACCCACCAUGGUUGGUACCUCCAUAGCUCUAUUACAAGAAAGGUUCAGACAGUUGCAGAAAGACAAGCAAAGGAGAGAGAAGAAGAAGCUUCUUAACCUACUAUCCGAAUCAAAUAUGGUUGAUACCUCGAUAAUGCAUUUAGAAACCAACGGCUCAUCAACCUCAAGAGAUUUGGACUCUAAUUCCCUCUCCCUUGGCCUGAACUUGCAGAAUGCAGGUAAGCAAGCUGAUAUUCAUGAAGCCAGAUUGAUACCUGGUGACGCCAAGUUCUGGCCCGGAAACUCAGUCAGGACAAGUGCUUUAAGAAGUUUCGAUAGUCCAGAUGUCGAUACCACUCUUCAUCUAUAGAUAAUUUCUUCACUUAGUAUUUUCUGUUAGUUUAUUUGCUUGGUUCUCUCCCUACAUAAGAAUGAAAAGUGUGUGUUGAGCUGAUAUCUAUUGUGAUCAAUAUGUAUUCUAUUGAUGGUGCUCUGGACAUUUUGUAAGUUGUAGUCUUUUUCCUUGGUUAGCUUAGCUCUAGGAAUGUGCCUAAUGAGAAAGGGAGGGAAGGAAAGUGAUGGAAAAUAACUCUGAAAUCAGAUGGUCGCUUUUACCAGUUUGAUUGUGGUUAAAUCUCUCUCUCUCUCUCUCUCUCUCUGUGUUUCUUUCUUUCUUUUCAUGAAGUUCAUUCUUCUUUCUCUGUAUGAAAGCUUGUUUGUGAGAGAGAGAAUAGUACUUCUAUGGAUUCUAUCUAA